CAGUUAGUUUAUGUAAGCGUGCCUGCUUAUCUGCUGAAGCACAGAUGAGCAUAUAUGCAUUUAAUACUGUGUUCCUUCUCUAGUGCUUCCUAUGAGUAUGCAUGCAGAUUAUCCUAAUGAAAUAUUCAAAGAAAUUUUCUCUUACUGAUUCAUCCAACACAAAUGCCAUGGAUUCCUGGAUAUAGUCAAAUCAGCCUAAGAGCUCAACUGAAGAAGGAACUGUGCCUGUUUGUGGGAGAUGCAGAUCAAUAGGGCAUGAUUGACUGCUCUAUUACAACUUUACACAGCAAGCACUGAAACUUGGUUCCCUUAACUACUGUUAGAGUUUAAAAGCCGUCUGUAAAUUUCAGCAGGGACCAGUCAAUGCAGGUAACAAUAUCAGGCUGCUGCAGUUCCAUCAGUGGCACACUGCCAGUGUCUACACUUUGAGUGAACCAAACAAACAUUAUAUCAAAUGCAUUUUGAAGUGAACAGCUUCACUAGACUUAUUCUCAGAACUUACAGCUUUAGUGUUUUAAGAAACAUAUAUUAUAAAAAUAGACACACAAAACUGACUUGUCAGUUCCCACCAAGAGAAAAGUCUCUCGUUUUCAUUCUCAGAUGCAAACUUGAAGAAGGAAGCCUGGGAGAUUGUUCAUGCAAUGGCUGAGCAUAUUCAAGUGAGUCAAGGACAUUCAACAGAGUGAAGAGACGCUCAUGAAGAACUUUCACAAAUGUUACAAAAAAUAUGAGACUCUAAGUAUCUAUUUUCUUUUCAUCCGAAGUUCUUGGAUAAACUAAUAAGGCAUUUAACAGCUAUUAAUGAAGCAGGGCAUCUUUUAAGCAAGGAAAAGAUGAACUUGAAGUGGGCAAAAAUGUGAAAGCAAUUCAGAAAAGUGAACUCUCUGGAGUGAGAACACCAGAGAUUCAUCUGACUGAUCAUGUAUCUUGCUACAGGUAUCACCAGCCUAUCUUUAGCCACCUUCUGGAAAGACGAUUCAUUGAUACCAGCUAGAUCAGCACAGGAAUUUGUUUGAUGUGCUUAAGAGAUCGGUAACAAUAGCUCCUAACAUGACUGCGUUGCGAGGUGACAGCGUUUCCUUGGAGACAGUGAAUCCAUACAGCCCCAGCCAGGAUCCUUGAAAGUUACCUUUCUUCAGAGGAUGUAGAACUACUGCUCUGUGCAGGGGUAAAGAUGGGAAGAUAAGUUUUGACUAUAGACAAGUAGCCUUAUGCAAGAUGUGAGGAUUUUAUGCAACAGCAAGACAUGUCUGAAAGUUCCUCAGGUCUGACUACAAGCAGUCACAAGUUCUGUAAAUUGUAUUCAUCCUGCUGCUCCAUCCUAAGUGAUACACACACUGUUCCACUGGUUCUAUCACAAAACAGAGGAAUCAACAGGCAGAACUGUGAUUCUGGACUAUCUUCCUCACUUCCUUCUGAUUGCUUCAAGUAUGUCAGCUGGUGUGACAUAGAAGAACAUGGUAUUCAAGGAAAUCUGCUUCAUUGUCCCCGAGUGAGAGAAGGGCCCUCAGAAGAAGAGCUAUUUUUGAGAGGAGAAGAACAUACUUUGAAAAAAAGAAAACAAGCAACUGACACAGAGAAGUGGCAAAAGAAACUGCAAGAGAACUGGGAAGACUGUGCUGAGUUGAACCUUUCAUUUCAGGACCUGGGUGAUCUUUACCAGGUGGAAAACUUCAAAAGGAUUCUCCAAAGGUUAAUCCGUGUGGAAAAACUUUGGUUGGUGGACAAUUCUUUGACAGACCUGAGUGCCAUAAGGUUGCCAAGAUGCAGAGAACUAAAUGUCAAUAAAAACCACUUUACAUCCUUCAAACAGCUGCCAAGGAUACCUCAGAUUCAGCACUUAUCACUUGCUGAAAAUAACAUUAUGACACUAAGUGGAAUAUCAGACUUCAGACAUACUCCACUUGAAUCCCUUAUACUCAAGAGGAAUCCCUGUGAGUUUCAAGAAAGAUACAGACAACUUGUGUUCUCCAGUUUGCCAAAUCUGAAAAUGCUGGAUGGUAUCCCAAAACUGCCAGAGGACUGUUCACCCCCAGAUAUCAGGGGUUUUUUCAAAAUGUGUACUAUACUCUAGCACUGUAUUUUUGUAGGAUUAAAACUGUGCUAGAAACACCUCAUUUAAGUAAGUAUAGAUAAAUUAUAUGUAAAUAAGACAUAGUAUGUAUACUAAGUGUAACGAGUUUGGUGUAUUAAAAAUAUUGGGUGACAUUCUUGUCUAUGAAAUCUAUGUAGACAACAACUCACAAUUACUGACUCCCGUUUCAUUUACUUAGAACACGUCCAAGUUCAGACUACAUGUUCCCACCAUGGGAAAUGUUACAGGGAUUAAUAUCCAGGCUGCAACGAAAAGGAAAGAAAAAAACCUGAAACUGACUUCCUUCUUCAGUCCCACCAAUGUCUUAGUGCUCU